AUGUCCACCGAAACGUUUGGUUUCCAGGCCGAGAUCUCUCAGCUUCUCGACCUCAUCAUCAACACCUUCUACUCCAACAAGGAAAUCUUCCUUCGAGAACUCAUCUCCAACUCUUCUGAUGCCCUCGACAAGAUCCGCUACGCGGCCUUGACCGACCCCUCUCAGCUCGACUCUGAGAAGGACCUUUACAUCCGAAUCAUUCCCAACAAGGAGGAAGGCACCCUCACCAUCAGGGAUACCGGUAUCGGUAUGACCAAGGCCGACUUGGUCAACAACCUUGGUACGAUCGCCAAGUCUGGUACCAAGGCCUUCAUGGAGGCUUUGAGCUCUGGCGCUGAUAUUUCCAUGAUCGGUCAAUUCGGUGUCGGUUUCUACUCUUCUUACCUUGUCGCCGAGCGAGUGCAGGUCACCACCAAGCACAACGACGAUGAGCAGUACACUUGGGAGUCUGCCGCUGGUGGUACCUUCACCAUCACUGAGGACACUGAGGGUCCCCGACUCGGCCGAGGUACCGAGAUGAAGCUUUUCAUCAAGGAGGACCUCAAGGAGUACCUCGAGGAGAAGAGGAUCAGGGAGAUCGUUAAGAAGCACUCCGAGUUCAUCUCUUACCCCAUCCAGCUCGUUGUCACCAAGGAGACCGAGAAGGAGGUCGAGGACGAGGAGGCCGAGGAGAACAAUGACAGCAAGAUCGAGGAGGUCGAGGACGAGGACAACAAGAAGGCCAAGAAGACCAAGAAGAUCAAGGAGACCACCACCGAGAACGAGGAGCUCAACAAGCAAAAGCCUAUCUGGACCAGAAACCCCCAGGACGUCACGCAGGAAGAGUAUGCUUCAUUCUACAAGUCCAUCUCCAACGACUGGGAGGACCACCUCGCUGUCAAGCACUUCUCUGUUGAGGGUCAGCUCGAGUUCAAGGCCAUGCUUUUCCUUCCCAAGCGUGCCCCCUUCGACCUCUUCGAGACCAAGAAGAAGAGGCACAACAUCAAGCUUUACGUCCGACGAGUGUUCAUCAGCGACGACAACGAGGACUUGAUGCCCGAGUACCUCAACUUCAUCGUCGGUGUCGUUGACUCUGAAGACCUUCCCCUCAACAUCUCUCGUGAGACCCUUCAGCAGAACAAGAUUCUCAAGGUUAUCCGAAAGAACCUUGUCAAGAAGGCCCUCGACCUCAUCUCCGAGUGCGCCGAGGACAAGGAGAACUUUGACAAGUUCUACGCUGCCUUCUCCAAGAACCUCAAACUCGGUAUUCACGAGGACGCCACCAACCGAUCCAAGAUCGCCGAGUUCCUCCGAUUCCACUCCACCAAGUCUGUUGACGAGAUGACCUCUUUCAAGGACUACAUCACUCGAAUGCCCGAGGUCCAAAAGUCCAUCUACUACCUUACCGGUGAAUCCCUCGAGGCCGUCAAGGACUCACCCUUCCUUGAGGUCCUCAAGAAGAAGGGCUUCGAGGUUCUUCUCCUCGUUGACCCCAUCGACGAGUACGCCGUCACCCAGCUCAAGGAGUUUGACGGCAAGACUCUUGUCUGUGUCUCCAAGGAGGGUCUCGAGCUCGAAGAGACUGCUGAGGAGAAGGCUGCCAGGGAGAAGGAGGCUACCGAGUUUGAAGGUCUGUGCUCCGCCAUCAAGGAGAACCUUGGCGACAAGGUCGAGAAGGUCAUUGUUUCCAACCGUAUCUCCGACUCUCCUUGUGUCCUUGUCACCGGCCAAUUCGGUUGGUCUUCCAACAUGGAGCGAAUCAUGAAGGCCCAGGCUCUCCGUGACUCUUCCAUGUCCUCUUACAUGGCUAGCAAGAAGACCAUGGAGCUCAACCCCAACCACCCCAUCGUCAAGGAGCUCAAGGGCCGAGUUGCCGAGGACAAGUCUGACAAGACCGUCCGAGACCUUACUUACCUCUUGUUCGAGACUGCUCUCUUGACCUCCGGUUUCACCCUCUCCAACCCUCAGGACUUUGCUUCCCGUAUCAACAGGAUGAUCGCCCUUGGUCUUUCCAUCGACGCCGACGCCGUCGAGCCCACACCCGCCGCUGCUUCUGCCGAGGAUGCCCCCGCUCUUGAGGAGGUCGGUGCUGGAUCCAUGGAGGAGGUCGACUAA